GGGAGAUUAAACGCGAUUAGCGGCGAAUUGCCCAAACAAACGGAAAGCUUCGAAUGAUUUUAGCACGACGAUUAACUACACAAAUACUACUAUUCAAACAGCAACAGCAAAUUGUGAACGUUGCAGAGAUUCGUAGCGCCUUUCAUCGCUCGUUUGUGCGGAGUAUGACUGGCUUCAAGUUCAACGAGGUGGAAGGAGAUCUCUUCACGGCUCCGAAGACUCACUCGCUGGCCCAUUGCGUGGGCGCUGACCUGGCCAUGGGCGCAGGCAUAGCGGUCAAAUUCAAAGAGAUCUACGGCAAAGUGGAUGAGCUACAGGCACAGAAGGCGCGUGCCGGGGAGCUGGCUUUGCUGAAGGAUGACGAGCGCUACAUCUACUAUUUGGUGACCAAGUCGCAGAGCUGGGCGCUGCCCACAUACGAGACGUUGCAGUCAUCGCUGGAGAAGAUGCGUGAUCACAUGGCCAAGAAUGACGUUCAUAAGCUGGCCAUACCGCGCAUCGGCUGUGGCAUUGAUGGUCUGCAGUGGGACAAAGUGAAAGCUAUUAUCAACGAUGUCUUCCAGCGCGAGGAUGUGGAAAUUACGGCUUACAACUUCGUGCCGCCACAGGAAACUCAAUAAUUGAAUGAAUUCUUAAAUUUAUUGUUCACAAACAGUAGUUCCUCUAUUUAUUUGAUGGUGGUGCAUAAUUAUAGACUUUCAAUUCAAUAGAAUCCGAUUGAAA